CUCUAUUGCUUUGUUUUCCAGCGCUGACAGCAGCACGGAGGGAGCACGGAAUGGCUGCGGGGAUAUAGGGCUGCCAUCGGGCACAUCUCCUCAGGACUAUGGUGCUGCGGGGCCGGAGCCCUCCUUGCCCGGGGCUGGCAGGGGCACUGCUGGCAUCUGCACUUCUGCUCUCCCUGCUGCCCGGGGGACGCGGCCAGGAGUUUGGAGGAGCCAGCACUGGAUUUAGUCUGCACCCACCUUCCUUCAACCUGGCAGAAGGAGCCCAGAUCAGGGCGACAGCGACCUGCGGAGAGGAAGAGAGCGGGGCAGGGGGCACCCAGCCCAGGGUGGACCUGUACUGUAAGCUGGUCGGAGGACCAGUGGCAUCAUCCGCCCAGGGGCACACGAUCCAGGGACAGUCUUGUGAUUUCUGCGACUCCUCUGAUCCCAAUAAAGCACAUCCUGCUUCCAAUGCCAUUGAUGGCACAGAGCGAUGGUGGCAAAGUCCCCCGUUAUCCCUGGACGUCAAAUACAACGAAGUCAAUGUCACUAUUGACCUUGGACAGGUUUUCCAUGUUGCAUAUGUCCUCAUCAAAUUUGCAAACUCUCCACGGCCUGAUCUUUGGGUCCUUGAACGAUCAGUUGACUUUGGAAGCACUUACAUGCCUUGGCAAUAUUUUGCUAAUUCUAAACAGGGCUGCUUACUUCAUUUUGGAAAGGACCCUAAACAGCCCAUUGCAAGAGAUGAUGAUGUCAUAUGCACGGCAGAGUACUCACGGAUCGUUCCACUUGAAAAUGGGGAGGUGGUGGUGAGGUUGGUAAGCGGACGGCCUGGUGCAAAGCAUUUUAUGGACUCUCCUAUACUAAGAGAUUUUACAAAGGCUACAAACAUACGACUGCGUUUCCUCAGAACAAACACACUUCUUGGUCAUUUAAUAUCAAAGGCGGAAAAAGAUCAAACUGUAACGCGGAGGUACUACUAUAGCAUCAAGGAUAUAAGUAUUGGAGGUCGCUGUGUAUGCCACGGUCAUGCUAAUGAUUGCAGUGUACAUCGCUUUGGCAAUCAGAACCUGUAUCAGUGUAACUGCCAACAUAACACAUGUGGGGAAAUAUGUGACCGCUGCUGCCCUGGUUAUAAUCAGAAGCCUUGGCGUCCUGCCAGUAUUGACAGUGCCAAUCAGUGUGAACCUUGUAAUUGUCAUGGACAUGCAUCUGAUUGCUAUUAUGAUAGCGAUGUAGACAAUCGACAAGCAAGUCUUGACAUACAUGGACAAUACAGUGGUGGAGGAGUCUGCAUUAACUGCCAGCAUAACACAGCAGGCAUCAAUUGUGAGAAGUGUGGAAUAGGCUAUUUUCGACCCUAUGGGGUCCCAAAAGAAGCUCCACAUGGCUGCAUACCUUGCAGCUGUAAUCCAGAACAUUCACUUGGAUGUGAGGAAGGGUCAGGAAGGUGCUACUGCCAGCCCAACUUUAGUGGAAAGAACUGUGAGAGGUGUGCAGAAGGCUACUACGGCUACCCAGUCUGUCUGAGAAUUCCUUUUUAUCCUGUUCCUACAUCAUCAAUUCCUGUGGAACCGACUGCUGGAAGCAUACAAGGUUGCCGUUGUACAGGCGCUGGAGCACUCAGUAAUAAUUGUGACACACUGACAGGACAGUGUCCCUGCCGUGCAGGAUACCGGGGAAUGGCUUGUGAUACUUGUGCCCCUGGAUACUUCCUAUAUCCAUUCUGUCAAAGGUGUGAUUGCAAUCCUGCUGGCGUGCUCCCCGAGAUAUGCAGUCCCACAGGAAAGUGCCUGUGCAAGCUUCGAGUGGCGGGGACACAAUGUGACCAGUGUCGGCCCGGCUACCAUUCAUUUCCAAGCUGUAAAGAAUGUGACUGUGAUAUGAUUGGCGCCGCAGACCCUUCAUGUGGCUAUAAUGGAGAAUGUCAAUGCCGCCCUCACUAUUCUGGACUGACAUGUAAUCAGUGUUCUCCUAAUUUUUACAACUACCCGGCUUGUAGAGCCUGUCAGUGUUCCCCUCAAGGCUCCUAUCAGAGUACAUGUGACCCUAUUACUGGACAGUGUGACUGCCGACCAGGGAUAACUGGGCAGAAGUGUGACAGAUGCUCUUCUGGAUUAGAUAACUAUCCAUAUUGUCAAGAUGUUAAUGGUGAAUGUGAUCCUGUAGGCACCCUUACCUCACAAACAGGUCACUGCCAAUGCUUACCGAGAGUGGAGGGUAUAACUUGUGACCACUGCAAACCAUUAUUCUGGAAUUUAGAUGGGGACAAUCCUCAAGGUUGUAUUGACUGUGCUUGUGAUGUAGAAGGAACAAUAAGUGGAAUAGGUGAAUGUCAUCAGACUGAAGGAGAUUGUCAUUGUAAACCAAACACAUGCAGCACAUCCUGUGGAACUUGCAAAGAUGGUUAUUUUUACCUGGAUGGCAAGAACUAUUUGGGAUGUAAAGGUUGUCAGUGCGAUGUUGGUGGAUCUGUCAGUCAUCUCUGUGACGAGUCCACAGGAAAAUGUGUUUGCAGAAAUAAUAUUGAAGGCCAGAACUGUAACCAGCCUAAACCAAACUACUACUUCCCUGACCUCCAUCAAAUGAAGUUUGAAAUUGAGGAUGGCACAACUGCUAGUGGAAGGGCUGUUCGCUUUGGAUAUAAUCCUCAAGAGUUUCCUGGGUUCAGCUGGCGGGGAUACGCACAAAUGUCUUCCAUACAGAAUGAAGUAAGGGUCCCAGUUAACGUGGGCAAUUCCAAUCUCAACUUGUUUCGUAUUAUAUUAAGAUACAUUAAUCCUGAUGUAAAUGCAAUAACUGGACAAAUUACAGCUCGCAGAUUUCGCUCCAGCAAAGGUUCAUUAGAUGUCAAAGACAUUGUGUUCCCUCCAAGCACGGAGCCAGCAUUCCUUACCGUGCCAGGAAAAAGCUUUGCAGAGCCAUUCUCUUUGGUUCCUGGAAACUGGAUAAUUACAAUUUCUGUAGAAGGAGUACUUUUGGAUUACCUUGUACUGCUGCCAAGUGAUUACUAUGAAGCCUCCAUUUUACAAUUGCGAGUUACGGAGCUAUGUGACUAUAAUGGACCAGUUGGAGCAAACUGCUUGGUUUUUCAGCAUUUGCCCAUGGAAAAGUUUACCUGCUUACAUGGCUCAGAAAUGGAGUAUUUUAAACAGGAUGGUAAAAGUCGUCCAAUAAUUGUUCGGCAACCAAGUUAUGGACAUCCUCUAAUGGCAGCAAUUUCUGGAAGACAGGUGGAGUUACAGUUUAGCAUUAAAGUCUCUCGGGCUGGAGUUUACGCUCUUAUUUUUGAAUAUGCCAAUGAAGACGCUCAGCAGUAUAUUCUGAAUGUGGUGAUUAGAAAUGACCCCAGUACUUCAGGCAGAGUGAACGUGUACAGCUGUAAAUACAGCUUCCUCUGCCGCAGUAUUGUAGUGGACAACAUGAAUCGCAUCUCAAAGUUUGAGAUACUUUCUGAAGCUGAAAUACAUGUGACAGCAUCAUCAGUCAGUUUCCUACUGCACAAUGUAUGCCUUGUCCCCAUUGAGGAGUUCUCCAUUGAAUAUGCAGAGCCAAAGGUGCACUGUAUAGCAGCUUAUGGACGAAUUCCUGGUCAAAGUCCUUCUUGUAUCCAGUCUUCAGUCUAUGAAAACCCACCUCUGUCUCUAUUGUUGGACCCUGUCAAAGAUGCUAGAGAUUCUGGUGGGGCAAAAGGCGCAGGACAAGAACCUGUCCGUGGAUCAGGUCUUCCUUUGCACCAGGGUAACAAGGUAUUGCUGAAGUCACAACAGAAUCAGAUCACUUUUGGCAGAAGAAUACCUAAUACAGGGAGGUAUGUCUUCAUUGUUCAUUAUUACCAGACUCAGAACCCUGCUUUUCCUGUGUCAGUGCUGGUUGAUGGUGGAACACAGUGGUCAGGUACCUUCAACGCCUCAUAUUGUCCUCACACGUUUGGAUGUAGAGAUCUGGUGGUUGCCGGCAACCGUAUCAGCCUUGAUGUCACUGACCCAGAACUCUCAGUAACUGUGACAACCCCUCCAGAUAAGCCUUUACUCUUGGAAUCUAUACUGCUUGUGCCAGCAGACAGCUAUACACACGACAUCUUGCAGGAGAAACCACUGGAUAAAUCUUUUGACUUCAUAAAUAUUUGUGGAGAAAACAGCUUCUACAUUGAUCUAUAUUCCUCGCCUGAAUUUUGUAAGGAUUCUGCAAGAUCUUUAGCAGCAUAUUAUAAUAAUGGAGCAGUACCAUGUAGAUGUCAUGAAGAAGGAUCUAUAAACUCUUUAUGCAAUUCAUUUGGAGGGCAGUGCAGUUGCAGACCAAACAUCAUCGGAAGAACUUGCAGCCGUUGUGCUACUGGCUACUAUGGAUUUCCGCACUGCAGACCAUGCACAUGUGGUCGUCGCCUGUGUGAUGAAAUAACCGGAAAAUGCAUCUGUCCACCUCAGACGGUUAAACCAGCAUGUGAAGCCUGUGAGCAACAUACAUUCAGUUACCACCCCCUCUUGGGCUGUGAAGGAUGCAACUGUUCAACCACAGGAGUCAUACAGCCAUUUCGGCCAGAGUGCGAUUCUAUGAGCGGGCAGUGCAGGUGUAAGCCCAGAAUUUUUGGCAGGCAAUGUGACCAAUGUGCUCCUGGUUACUUCCGCUUUCCUGACUGCAUUCCUUGCAACUGCAAUUCAUAUGGGACUGAACCUCAAAUCUGUGACCAUCACACAGGGGUUUGCCUGUGCAAGGAAAAUACUGAAGGGUCCAGAUGUGAUGUUUGUCGCAGGGGAUCUUUUCAUUUUGACUCUUCAAACACCAAGGGAUGCAUCAGAUGUUUCUGUUUUGGAGCAACUGAUAUUUGCCAUUCUUCCAGUAAACACAGGAAAAAGUUUGUAGAUAUGAGGUCCUGGAUACUUGAAACAUCAGAUCAGACCAGAGUAGAUGUCACCUUUAAUCCAGGAAGCAACAGUGUGGUAGCAGAUGUGCAAGAAUUACCCCUUUCGGUUCAUAGUUUGCACUGGGUGGCGCCAGAGUCAUACUUGGGAGACAGGAUCUCUUUAUAUGGAGGCUAUCUGACAUACCAGCUGAAGUCCUUCGGCUUACCAAGUGAAGGCAUGGUCCUCUUAGACAAGAGACCAGAUGUCCUGCUCACAGGCAGACAAAUGACGGUCGUGUAUGUGGAUCCAAACAAUCCUUUACCAGACAGACAAUACUAUGGCCGUGUUCAGCUUGUAGAGAGUAACUUCCGGCAUGCAAGUAGCAACAGUCUGGUUUCUCGAGAAGAACUGAUGAUGAUCUUGUCCAGACUGGAAAGUUUGAACAUCCGAGCCUUGUACUUCACUGAGACUCAGCGCCUCACCCUCGGGGAGGUUGGGCUGGAGGACGUGACCAUCUCAGGAAGUGGGCGUGUAGCACUGAAUGUAGAGAUAUGUGCCUGUCCUUCCGAAUACACAGGUGAUUCAUGCCAGGAGUGUGCACCCGGCCAUUACCGUGAGAAUAAGGGGCUGUACCUAGGAAGAUGUGUCCCUUGCAGUUGCAAUGGGCACUCCACACGAUGCCAUGAUGGAUCUGGAAUAUGCAUAAACUGCCAACAUAACACAGAGGGGGACCACUGCGAACUGUGCAAAGAAGGAUACAGUGGCAUUGCCACCCAAGGCUCAUGCAAUUUAUGUCCUUGCCCUCUCCCCGUAGCUUCAAACAGUUUUGCAACUGGAUGUUCUGGAAGUGGCAGAAAUCUCAGGUGUUUCUGCAAACCAGGAUACACAGGGUACAACUGUGGAGAAUGUGCAAGAGGCUAUUAUGGAAAUCCUCUAAGGCUUGGCGGCAAGUGUCAACCAUGUAACUGUGGUAACAAUGGCCAGCUGAUAAGUUGUGACCCUCUGACAGGAGAAUGUCUUGAUGAAGAUCCCAAAGACACAGGAGGUGAUGACAUAUGUGACAGCUGUGUCGAUACUCUGCUCAUGGGCUUAAUGACUAUAAGUGAUGAGCUCAACCUAAUUAAGGCAAGGCUUCAGAGCAUCAAUGCAACCAGCCGGGCACUGGAACAGAUCAGAGCUUUAGAAGCCCGCAUCCGAGAAGUAAAACAACAAUAUGACAGUUACAAUAGUAAACUCACAAGUCAGCGCCUGAAGGUGAACAGCCUGGACACAGAAACAAAUGCUCUGAAACUGCAGAUAGCAGGUCUACUGGAAAAGGCCGAAAGUAAUUCUCAAAGAUAUGAAGCCAUCAUGAUGAACGCUGAUGAUACCUUCCGUAAUGCCAGUCACAUGCUGCUGACCAUAGAACUUCUUAUAAAGAAUAUUAACAUUCUUAUUAAGAACGCUGGUACACAAGGAGGUGUAUCGGGCCCUGCAGAGGUAUCUAAGAACAUGGUGGAAGCUCAGCGUAUGUUAAAUGAAAUGAGACAACGCAACUUUAAUGCACAGAAAAAAGAAGCCGAGCUGGAGAAAGAGGAAGCCAAAACUUUGCUAAACCGGGUGAGGAACCAGUUCCAGAAGCAUCUGGAUCAACAUAAGGAUCUGAUAAGAGAAAUCACCAAGUCAAUAAAAGAUUAUGAAGAAAAACUCAAUGACCUUCGAGAUGCACUAGAUGAAGCAUCUGGACAAACUAAGCAAGCAAACGACUUGAAUAAACAAAAUGCAAUGACCCUUGAAGAUAUUAAGAAAAGAGUUGAUGAUUUAAGAAGACAGCAGAAAGUGGCAACAAACUCUCUGAAGGCAGCAGAGACUAGUCUGGGGCAGACCAGCAGUAUGGUGAAUUUACUGCAGAAAAGUAAAGAGGAAUAUGAAAAACUGGCUGCACAGUUGUACGGCGCUGAGCAGGAACUAAAUGAGAAAGUUAACAAUGUCUCCAAAGCAGCAAGUAAAGAGCCACUGGUGGUACUGGCAGAAAAGCAUGCUCAGGCCCUGCAGGAUCUGGCGGAUCAGCUGGUGGAAAUUAAGAAGAACACUAGCAAUGAGGAGCUGGUGCGUUGUGCUGUGGAUGCUGCUAAUGCUUAUCAAGAUAUCAUAAAUGCAAUUAAAGCUGCAGAAGAGGCCGCAACGAAAGCAAAGACAGCAGCCGACUCCGCUCUGACAAAAGUACAAAGUGAGGAUCUGCCUGGAAAAGCCAAAAAGUCACUGACAGAUUCUGAAGCACUGCUGGAUCAGGCCAAGAGAACACAGAAAUCACUUGCAGACGCAAGCCCCCAGCUUGAAGAUAUAAAGGACAGAUUGACAGAUGCCACAGAGAAGAAGAAUAGGCUGUCCGGUGACCUCGGAGCUGUCCAAAACAGCAUCAAUGACAUCAAGAGAGAUGACAUAGAGAACAUGAUCAAUAAUGCUAAGGGCUUAGUUACCAAUGCCAAUGGAAUCACUAACAAUGUCCAAGCAGAACUGAAGCCCAUCAAAGACGACGUGGAAAAUCUUAAGGGUACAAUUGGAACGGCACAAAAUGCUAAUUUCAACGAGGCUCUGAAAGAGGCAAGCAAUUCUGUGAUGAAACUAAGUGGAAGCCUGCCCAAUGUUUUUGAUGCCAUGAAUCGCAUCAAUAGUCUUGUGCCGCUAGGAAACAUCUCAGAGAGUGUGAGUCGUAUAAGAGAGCUCAUUCAGCAAGCCCGAGAUGCAGCAAACAGGGUAGUUGUGCCAAUGAGGUUCGAUGGCAAUUCAGGAGUGGAUGUUCGACCUCCCAGCAAUCUUGAAGACUUAAAGGCCUAUACUUCACUUUCCUUUUACCUUCAAAGACCACUAAGUCGGGGAGAUCGCAGGAAACGCCAGAUAUCCGCAAAUAUGUUUGUGAUGUAUCUGGGCAGUAAAGAUACCUCCAAGGAUUACAUAGGCAUAGGCGUUGAAGAUGGCCAGCUUGUGUGUGUCUAUAAUCUUGGCGGCAAUGUGGCUGAAAUCAAUGUGGAUCAAUUUAUUUCAUCCAAUAAGGCAGAAGAAGCAAUAUUGGACAGAGUCAUGUUAGAGAGGAUCUACCAAUAUGUUACUCUCAAUUACACCAAAGCAUUCACAUCCAACAAGCCAGACCCAACCAAAACGUACACCGCAGAGACGGAGAGACACACUUUGCUCGAUCUCAGUGCUGAGGAUGUAGUGUUUUAUGUUGGAGGAUACCCAGAUGACUUUACUCCUCCACCCAGACUGGACUUUCCAAAAUACCAGGGCUGCAUUGAACUAGAGGACAUGAACCAAAAUGCAAUCAGCUUGUACAAUUUCCGACAGACAUUCAACAUUGACACGAAGAGGGUUGAGCCUUGCAAAAGAUAUAAAGAAGAAUCAGAAAGAAGUUUCUUUGAAGGCAUUGGCUAUGCCACCAUCUCCUACAAUGUGCCCAACAUUAAAUUCUUGCGCUUUGAGCAAACUGUUCAGACCACCUCAGAUGUUGGCUUGCUGUUCUUCGCUGAAAAAGAGGAAAGUUACAUCAGUGUUGAGAUCGAGGAUGGCAUCCUUGUCCUUAAAUAUAAAAUCAAUUCUAAUCCAGAGCAAAAAAGGAAAAAUGACUCAUUUAAGCGUGUAAAUACCGGAGCAGAAGUCCUUAUUGAGGUGUUGGUAGCAGCCAAUGAUAAAGUCAUACGUAUACGUCAAGAUCGGGAAGUCCUAAAUGAUAGUAAUGUGGAUAUAUUUACUUUCAACACAUACUACUUGGGUGGAGCCCCGACAGAAUUAAGAGAAAAGUUUAACAUAAAAACUCCGCCUUUCCGUGGAUGUGUGAAAAAUGUAAAGACCCCUGUAAGUGCAGCCUCAUUCAAGGAAACCUACGGAGUCAGCAGAAGGUGUUACAGUGAAUGGAGUAACAUACGCUCUGCAGAGUUCUCUAAUGGAGGAACGCUGGGACUGAAGCCAGAUGGAUUCUCCUUCCCUGGUGAUUUUCAAGCAUCAUUUGGCUUCCAGACUCCUCAGGUUGAUGCUUUGCUGUUAAAUCACAAAACACAGUCUGAUGAAUUACAUGUUUCUCUGGAGGAUGGAACAGUGACUUUAACUACAACUAGCUCAAAUGUCAACUUACGAUCCAGGGACAAGUACAGUGAUGGAAAGCUUCACUAUGUGUCAGUAAUGAGAAGCAAUAACGAGUAUAAGCUCUUGGUUGAUGAUAAAGAAGAGACAGAAAUCACGGACAGUUCCAGGAGGCCAGGUUACUCCCCCACUGACAUAUACAUUGGCGGAAAUGGCUUCAAGGGCUGUAUGACAAAUGUUUUUAUUAAAAGAGCUUUACAAUAUCCUUCUGUACAGAAUCUUUUUGACCACACUGAGAAGAAUAAAGUGUCACUGGGAAUGUGCACCCCAGAGGAAGCCCCCGUGCCUCUGAUAUUACCUGAACUCAGACAGCCUUUCAAUCUCAGACUCAACGACUUUGACUUGUCGGGCCUGGACGUUAUGAGCAAUUUGCUAAAUGCUCAAACUGGACUAAAGAAUUUACGAGGCUGCACUUCUCACUCAAACUUCACAUCAGACCUGAAGUCCUAUAAAUUUGGGGACUCUCCAGCAAGUCACUUGGUCUAUGAUUUGAGCAGUCACAGCUUCAAGGAGAAGUCACACUUCUCAUUAGAGGUGCAAACCGAGCAAUCGUCUGGAUUAAUUUUCUUAAUGACAAAUAAACAGGAGUCCACUUACCUGUCCCUUCAUUUAUCUAAGGGUCGUUUUGUGUUUUCUCUGGGAACUAAAGGCAAUAAACUUAAGAUAAAAAGCCAAGAAAAAUACAAUGAUGGGAAGUGGCAUACAGUUGCAUUCAGCUGGGAUGGGAAGAAUGGUCGGCUUGUCAUUGAUGGUCUGAAAGCUCGUACAGGAAGUCUGACAAAACACUUGAGUUUGGAGAAUAUGUCACUGCUCUACCUCGGAGGUGUUCCUUCCCUGAAAGUACAGGGAAUGCCCAAGAAAAGUUUUACUGGCUGCUUGAAAAAUGUAAAAAUUAAUGAGGUGAUGUUAGACAGACCAUCUAGAAGUGCCAAGGUCACUCCUUGCCAUGAUGGCUCUUAUGAGCCAGGAGUGUAUUUUGCUGAGGAGGCAGGGCAUGUGGCUGUGGAUAACGCUUUGAGCUUGGGACAGGAGUUUGAAAUAUCUUUUGACAUUCGACCACAAAGUCAAGAGUCGGUUCUGUUAUAUACAGGAGAAGGGAAAGAAAAUAGACUAAGCCUAUACAUAGAGAGUGGGGAGGUAAUUUUGUCUGUAUAUAACAAUAGGGGUAAUUUCCAGGCUUCAGUUACCCCAAUUGCAUUGCUUUGCGAUGGAAAAUGGCAUACUAUAACAGUGAGUCAAAAAGAUAAUGCAGUGCAGCUCAUUGUAGAUAACCAGUCCAAAGACUCAGCCGGCCCCAACUCCGCACUGAGGUCCAACAAAGAGGUCACACUGUAUGUUGGGGGACUCCCAGAUGCCCUGGAAACACAGUGGCCCCCUGUGAAGAGAUCGUUUGUUGGCUGUAUGAAGAACCUGAAAGUCGAUAAGAAAGCCAUCAACUCGAAUAAAAUAACAGACGUUCAUGGUGCUAUAAGCCUUAGCAGGUGUCCUGCAGCAUAACGGUGGUGUAUAAGUCACGUAUCGCUCACCAGGGAAAGUACAUGAAAAUAGAUAUGUUAUCGAGUGCUGUGCAGACUCGUUCCCACUACCUUAACUACCAUUCUCAAGAUUAAAAAACGGGCACUUUCAUACUUCUCAUCUGUUGAUUUGUGGUUUAUUCAGUGUAAAAUACAACUACCUCAAUUAGAUUGUAUGUUAUUUACCAUUGAAAUGGUGACUUGCUGUAAAUGUGAUAGAUUCUGUGCUUAUGGGGAUAGGUGUGUAGGUGUCAGUAGAAAUAUUCCUAAAACGGCUGCAACAAAUUACAGAAAAUUACAUGGAAAAUGAUCACUGCAAGUUUAAAGUACUGUCACCA